UGCUCUCCGUGCGCGCGCUCCAUCACCGCCGCUGACCCAUUUCGCCCCUCUUCGCAGGGCGUGCCAGUACUACUCCCCCCCUGAUCUCCUUCUCUUGCAUUUUCUGCUCUUUCAGUCUCAAUCCAUGCUUCUUCUUGGUAAACACGAUCGGGACGAUGCUGGGGUUUCGUCAUUCCUUAAGGUUUGUAGGGGUUCCGGAGUCUGUUUAGCUACACGUCUUACAGGGUGGCGUGGAGUGCUGUGUGAAACGACUGCGGGGACUGAGCAUCUACGACAAUGGCUGACCAGCGUUGCCCCAGCGUAGUGAGCAAGAUGGGAGGGACGUCAUACCUGGGAUCCAGGUUGGCACCUGGCCGCGCCAUGUACCCCGCGUCGGAGAUGAGCACUCCGUUCGCGGCCGCUGCCAAGCUGGGUGCGAUGCCCAGGCAGACGGGGCUGAGCUCCCUGUGCCCCAUCGACGUGACCGGCGGGAGGAACAUGUCGAGCCAGGUGUUCGUUCCGGCCGCGAACGAGAAGACGUUCGCGUCGUUCAUGACCGACUUUCUGAUGGGCGGUGUGUCGGCCGCGGUGUCGAAGACGGCCGCUGCGCCCAUCGAGCGCGUGAAGCUGCUGAUCCAGAACCAGGACGAGAUGCUGAAGUCGGGGCGUCUGUCGCACCCGUACAAGGGCAUCGGCGAGUGCUUCAGCCGAACGGUGAAGGACGAGGGAAUGAUGUCGUUGUGGCGUGGAAACACGGCGAAUGUGAUCAGAUACUUUCCGACGCAGGCACUGAACUUCGCGUUCAAGGACUACUUCAAGUCGCUGUUCGGGUACAAGAAGGACAAGGACGGGUAUUGGAAGUGGUUCGCGGGUAACUUGGCGUCGGGAGGUGCUGCGGGAGCGUCGUCUCUGCUGUUCGUGUACUCUCUGGACUACGCGCGUACCCGAUUGGCGAACGACGCGAAGUCGUCGAAGAAGGGAGGAGGCGAGAGGCAGUUCAACGGGCUGGUGGACGUGUACAAGAAGACGUUGGCGACGGACGGAAUCGCGGGGCUGUACAGAGGGUUCGCGAUCUCUUGCGCGGGUAUCAUCGUGUACAGGGGUCUGUACUUCGGAAUUUACGACUCGCUGAAGCCGGUGGUGUUGGUGGGCAACCUGGAGGGCAAUUUCUUGGCGAGUUUCUUGUUGGGAUGGGGAAUCACGAUCGGAGCGGGUCUGGCGUCGUACCCCAUCGACACGGUUCGGCGUAGGAUGAUGAUGACCUCCGGAGAGGCAGUGAAGUACAACGGGUCGAUGGACGCGUUCAAGCAGAUUUUGGCGAAGGAGGGAGCGAAGUCGUUGUUCAAGGGCGCUGGUGCGAACAUCCUUCGUGCGGUGGCUGGAGCCGGAGUGUUGUCGGGAUACGAUCAGUUGCAGAUCUUGCUUCUGGGCAAGGCCUACUCUGGAGGCAGCGGCUGAGUGCUUCGUAGCGGAUUAUGAAGAGAAUUUUGUUGCCCUGGUCUUCUUUGUGCUGGAAAUUUUAGAUGAAUGGAGACUUCGUAUUUGUCUGCAUUGAUGACGGUAUUUUGUUGCUUGUAGGUUUGUGCUCUCCUGCAUGGGGCAUCUUACAAAAUAAUAUUAGUUUUGUUGCUUCAGAUGUACCGUUUUAUUUUUGGGCAAAAUUCUAUGUGGCUCGCGGCUUUCUCUUUGGUUA